UAAUGAAGAUCCCUAGGGUUCUCAGCAGCUUAAGGUUUGUGCCGUAUAAAUUCAUCUAUUAGCCAGCUUUCUCAUCCCUAGCUAGGGUUUUUCUUCAUUUUGUCAGGGAAGAAAGAAACCUGUAGGAUCCUUUCUUGAAAGCUUCCAAUCAUGAGUAAGCUUCAGAGUGAGGCAUUGAGAGAGGCCAUCUCUACUAUUAUGGCUUCUUCCAAAGAGAAGAAGCGGAACUUCACUGAGACAAUUGAGCUCCAAAUUGGGCUCAAGAAUUAUGAUCCCCAGAAGGAUAAGCGUUUCAGUGGCUCAGUGAAGCUGCCACAUAUUCCCCGCCCCAAAAUGAAAAUUUGCAUGCUUGGAGAUGCUCAGCAUGUAGAGGAGGCAGAAGGAAUAGGUUUACAAUGGAUGGAUGUGGAAGCAUUGAAGAAGCUAAACAAAAACAAGAAAUUGGUCAAGAAGCUUGCCAAGCAGUACCAUGCGUUUUUGGCUUCAGAAUCAGUCAUCAAGCAGAUUCCUCGUCUUCUGGGCCCUGGUCUCAACAAGGCAGGGAAGUUCCCUACCCUUGUCACCCACCAAGAGUCCCUAGAGUCUAAAGUUAAUGAAACAAAAGCAACAGUGAAGUUCCAAUUGAAGAAGGUACUUUGCAUGGGAGUGGCUGUUGGUAACUGUGCUAUGGAGGAGAAGCAGGUCUUCCAAAAUGUACAAAUGAGCGUCAAUUUCCUAGUUUCUUUGUUGAAGAAAAACUGGCAGAAUGUUAAGUGCCUGCACCUCAAGACUACCAUGGGGGCGCCACAACGCAUCUUUUAAGGAGUACUUUCAUUUUGGAGUUGUGUACCAGAUAUCUAGAAUUUCUUGAUGCUUACAGGAGUAUUUUACUUGAAUGAUCAGUUUUUGGAUAUGGAUGGCUGUUCUGUUUUGUUUUGUUGAAAUUGCUAGUAAUGAUAUAAUUUUAGACUUGCUUAGAGUUUUUUAUUAGAGUUGUGAACUUGAUUUCUUUGCUUGUAGUCAAAUGUUUAAUGGUGCCUCAUACAUGCUAUUGGUCAAUAUAUGAUGGAUCUCAAAUGAUUUUGAUGGUGUA